GGAAGUGACCCACGUGAAUUCGGCUUGUUGUGUUGUGUUUGAGAAGCAGGGAAGGACUACUUGUCAUAAAGCUAGCAAGCUAGCUAAGUCAGUUGCUAGAAAUGAUCAUGCCAAACUUGUAGCUUUACAAAAUAUUACGUGGCUACUUUAUCAGCUUUAUGUUGCAUAGCAGUUCCUGCACAGCGGAUAUAUCCAAGAAUACAAGCCAGUUAGCCGCUACGAUUCAUGGAAUGAUCUGAAGGAGCCAUCAGACAGUAACCAUGCACAGUCGUUUGCAGGAGCUAAAAAAGGAAGAGGAGACUCUUCUGAAAAUCAAAGUCAUGCUGCAAGAUCAGCUCAACCGGCUGAAAUUUGAAGAAGGGGCGUUAAAAUCCAUCAUCAAUUCCCAGAUAGAGGAAGGACAUUCUGAACCUGCUACUCCUGAGGUUCCAGUCAACCCGGAUGAUGAAAAUCAAAUCAACCAGACCAAACUCCUCCUCAGUGCGCCUGUGGAUUAUAAUAUGGAGGAAGAGGAGGAGGAGGAGGAAGAAGAGGAGGAAGAUGAUGAAAAUGUGCUUGAAGUAGUGCCUGAGGAAGACGAGGAGGAGGAAGAGGAGGAUUAUUACUGAGAUUCCAAUUGCACUGUCAAUAGUCCAAGGAGUUCAGAUAUCUGCAACACGUGUGUAAAUGGACAGUUGGUUCUUUUUUACUUGUUUUGAUUCCUUUGUUAGUAAGUUUAUUAUUUAUUGGAGUGGACUUAAGUGUUGAGAUCAGCUACACAACAAACUGGAAGGGAGUUCAUCCUUGCGUAUGUCAAUACCUGUCAUUUGUAUUGGUCACCAUAGAGUUGUUGUUUGUAGUCACCUGUUCAGUGUCACUGGCAUGGAGCAUUCCAACUUGUUAGGUGCUUCUUAUAAGCAUUGAUGUUGCACAUCUAUGGACUAAAGACAAUUGUUCCCAAGCCUCAAGGUUCUAAUGGAAUGUGUGUAUGGCUGGGCCAUAUAAGAUGAUCGACAUAACUACAGUUCUGUACAUGUUAUUAGGGUUAUUCAUGAGCACAAAAUAAAGAACUCCGUACAUAAAAAGAU